AAUAGUUUUGAGCAUAUAGCGAGGCAACUACAAUAAAUUUGCAAAAAGCACGAACUGGUUCGAGAUGUCAAAAACAACUGCAGCGAUGAAGAUGGUACAAGCAAGUGGGGAGACAUGUCACAUACACUGCAUUAAUCAGGAUACAUGCCACCCAAACUGCGGAAAAACCACUGCCGAGAUAUGCAAGGCUACAUGGAUAACUCUUAUUAAUAGCAUGGUCGUCUUUGGAAAGAUAAUGUGUUUAAUACUGAACAUGACGACGGUAUCAUACGAUUCGAUUGCUAAAACCAAAUCGCCCACAUUUCAAAGGUUUUGUCUACUGAUCCUAUGGGUUUGUCUUAUUUUGCUAGGAACAACUUUGUUCAUUGUAUAUCGAAACAACACAGAAAGGACAUGCAGAAAAAAUACCUCAUCACAACCGUGUUCAUUCCAACAUUGUCUUGCUAUUUUUAAUGAUUUGUCGACCAAACCUAAUAAAUUACAAUACCCUGAAAGGUGUGUUUCAUAUGGAGGUAAAAAUUGUGCACCCUCUGUGCGUUGUUAUAAAUAUGAUUUGAACAUUUUAAUUUUGUUUCGUGUAGUCCAUCUCGAGGUUGCGUCGAUGAAUGCAAACGAAAAUUUAAAUAAUACAAUAUAUCGUGUCUAUCUUUUCACUGUAAAUGAUUGCCAGACAGGAAUUUCCACUUCUAAAGGCAACGUUGAAAUUGUUAUUUGUAUUAUCCUAACGUUAGAAGACGUGACUAAGUAUUGGGCUCAUUCGUCAUUUCAACAUUUAACGGGGAUCAUAAAUGAAGAAGUUUUAAGAAAAGAACUGAAGUCAGCAAAUGAUCCAUCUCUCAAAAUCACCUUUGCAAAAAGCACCAUAUACGUGAACGUAGAUACCUGUGGGUUGGAUAAUAAUCGCGAUAAACAAACGUUUGAGUUUAAAAAAAGCACAGUCGUAAGCGCUAAAAUACACCUUUUCAAUGUGAAUCAAAUGUGUUUACAAAAGGUGUUAGGAGUAAAUAUGUAUAAAGCAGAUAAACAAACAUUGAUAAGAGUUUUUAGAAUGAAAAGAAUUACUGUAUAUAUUGGUUUUGGUCCUAGAGAUACAUGUUUAUCGUUUUUGCACGGACAUAAUGGCAAAUGUCACUCUGCGAUGGAGAAUGAUGUCAAAAAACUGAAAUGUUCACCUGGUCAAAACGACGAGAAAAGUCUCCCGCCAAAUAGUACAAUUACUAACGUUGAGACUCCCAGUGUUAAAUAUGCGGAACUAGCAAAUAAUGUCCGUUUUGGACAUGACGGUCUAAAUGCCAAAAGUUCAGUUGGAAACGAAACAAAUACAUUUAAUGUGGAGACAGACGAUACUUUUAAAUUGCAAAACCUGAAAGAUGUGAUAAAUCAUAUAGCGUGUCUGUAUCGUGAAAAAACUUUUCUAUGUGUUGAUGCACAUAGCAUAGCGAAACGAGUCCGAGUUUUCCAAGAUCGACAUGACGAAAGAGGAAAUGUUUCAUCGUGUUUACAAAAAAGACCCUUCUAUGAAAUACCCGAUCGCAAAUACACUCAACAAAAAAAUCAAACUACGAAGGAUGUUGAACACAAAUGCAAUGGAAAGGGAAUCCUGAAACUUAUUUUGAAGGAUACAUCCAGUGUCUGCAUAUUAGCACCGCGUAUAUGUAUCGUAGCUCCAGUGACCGGAAAUGAACACUGUGGAUCUAAACCGCAGGUUGACGUCUUAAGAAAACUAUAUGAUGUUGUUGAAAGAACUUUGAAAAGUGUGUCUGUUCCUGCACAGGAAAGCAUGGUGUUUGAACUUCUAAGGAUUUGCACUUUCAGAACAUUCCCAAAAAACGAUAAACCGGAUGUAGGCGCAUUUGCCGCUGCUGGCUUUUACUAUGCAUCUCAAAAUGACGAGGUUAUUUGUUACUGCUGCUAUAAACGCAUCAGUAAUUGGGGCAAAUCUGACGACCCAUCCGCUGUGCACGUGAGGAUUUCUCCGGAAUGUAAGUUUCACACAAGUAAUUCGGAGGUUAAUGUUUCAAAGGCAGUCACUGAAUCUGUUCAAUCCGACAUCUUGGCAAAACUACAAGGCAACAAACGUUCGAGCAUUGCUACAAAUUCAAACAAUACCACAUUAUCUAUGUCAAUGGUACCACCUAGAGUAAUAGAUGGCAAACGUUCCAUAGCGACGGGACAAAACUACGAAAGUCGCGUCGCUAUGAAUACCUCUCAGAAGACACAUACUAAUCAAGCUUUCCCUACUGACUCCUUAACUUCGACCAGUCGUCCACCAAACGCAACUGCUGGGCGAUUUCAAUCCAUGAUACCGCAAACGUUCAGCGCUGAUAUUGAUUCCUCCAAGACAUCACGAUUCCAGACAGGGAAAUUUGUUUCGUCUGUUAACUUUGCGAUUCCAGACUCUAACACAAAAGCGAUUCAACCAGUAGACGACGCCAUUGAACCAGGUAUAACAAUAGAUGAAUACAUAGAUGAGUACAAUUCAGGCUCAAAUGGUGGAAACAAAAGCAUAUCGAAAGCAUCAACACAAACAACAGAUACUGGUGGGAUAUCUUCUAUAUGUAAGGGUUUGAAUGGCAUCGUUGAAUCUCUUAUAACAUCUGAAGCGUCCGUUAUUGUUCAGGGAAUGGGAUACAGUUCAUCAUUGAUGAAACAAGCUUUGUACAGACUUGUAAAUAAAGGCAAAACAAAGAUUGGUCCGCAGGAUAUCAUGCAAGAAAUUUUUCUCAUAGAAGAUGAAUAGUCGUGAUUGUAUUUGUACUAUUUUUUUAUUAUUGGUUUAACAAAUCUUGUUUAAUUGAUGUAUAUAGUAAUGUAAGUGACUAUAGGAUAACUUUUUGUCUAAACCCGCCUGAAAUUCACACAAUUCCACACCAGUAUAACAUGCUUGUUAACUGCUGUAUAUGUUCACAACUCCUUGUUGUACACUUGUAUACAAGUUUUACUCCCUAUUUGUUGGUUUUAUAAUUAAAUGUUUGUGUCAGUUUUCAAGUUUAAAAAAAAUGAAAGCUCUGUAAAAAUUGUCCAAGUUUUAUGAUACUUUUGUAUUCAUUUGUUUAGUAUGCUGUAGUGUAUUUAUUUUAUUUUAUUUGGUAUUUAAACAUAUAACAUGUAAUGAUGAAAAUGUAGAUGUCCAUUCAUUAUUAGGCGUAGCAGCAAUGUAGUGUCAUGUUAUCAAUAAGUAUACAUUUAAAUACCUAAAACAAAGUGUUUAUUGUGUUGGAUCUUUUUAUAUCUCAAAGUUUUAAUACGAUGCAUGUCAAACCGAGAAAUUUGACAUAUACUAGUAUAUGCGUUUUCUAUAUUUUAACGAAAUAUUACAUUCCAAUAUAUACUUUUUACGACUAUUCAAAACACGACAAGCGCUGUUAAUGCUUUGUAUUGAUUGUUUGUAAAAUUCGCAUACUACAAUCUAUUCAAACUGAAUUCAGAUGAAUUAAAGUUGUAAAAAUGCAAACUACCGGUGUAUUCAUACAAUUAUCACUUAUUACAACGAGCUAUUCUUAGAGCAGUAUGAGUAUUGCUACUUUUAUUGUCAGUUAUAAAUCAAAAUGCAUUUGCAUAUGUAUAUAUGACAAUAUUUUCAUCAUAUAUAUUUGUACAACGUUUACCUACCUACACAUGUAAUAUUGGGAUUAUCUGUAUCGUAUGUGUUAGUUUAACUCUUAAAUCGGCUAAAUGUACGUGCGUAUUAAUAUAGUUGUACCAGAUGCCUAUAUUUUCAAAAUAACAUUUUGUUAUUCAAUUUUGUUUUAUUUUAUACAAAUAUUUCUUGAAGUUUUUUUACUAAUGCAAUACACAUUGUUAUAUAGCAACUGUUUACCCUGUCCGACUUAAAUUUAUAUCGCAAAAUCGUCGAGUAUUCAGCCAUUUACAUGAGAUCAAUCGCAUUUUAACCAUAUAAUUCACUGCAGUAGAGGCGCUCUUAUGUGAAUUUGCAAAAACACACCUAAAGUGUAAUUGUGAAAAUGGACUGCUUACCACACUUUUCUUAUGACUAACAUGUCAAGAGUAAUCAGAAAUGUAUCUGGAGUUUAGUGCAUAAAAUUAGAUGCAACAUGAUUUUGUGUUGCUGUCCAGACAUCUUUUUAAUGUUCCAAACCGAGUGCCUACGAGUUGUAAAUAAACUGUCGUUCAAUAAAUUUAUAACACAUGAUCGUAUAAACAAUUAUACAUGUAUAUUAAAUACACUAUGAUUUAUCUUUUACGACGAGAAUCAGGAUAAUAAGAUUAUAUAUGAACUAGUACACAAACACAGAUAACUCAUACACGUAUGCUUUCACGCACUUAUAAAUGUUUGAUAUGAUGAGACAUGCGUUAAUUGCUGAAUUUUAGAUUCUGUAAUGUACGGAAUAUAUUAUGAGAAAAUGCAUAUUUAACAUGCCCUUAAAAAAGGAUAAAAUAACGUAAUCACAUGGUUUACGGUGUCCGGGACAGAUGAAUUUAUAUAAACUUUAAAUGUUAACAUGGAACUAAUAAUUCAUCUCGUAGCAACGUAAUUCCACAUUUAAACAACGAACAUCGAAAAACAAUUUAAUUACAAUUUAAGUACAAACUGUAAAACUGUAAACAAGAGUAGCAGAAUGGCAAAUCAUUGAGACACGAUUAAAAUGACACUGGCCAAUGGUCAUUUACAUAAAUCAUUUGUUUCCAAAAUUCAUUUAAUAAAAAGAUAAAUGUGUUUGAUUUAAAUAUAUCAAAACCUAAAAUUGUGAACACGUCGAUGGUAGACAGACCGAGAUCGACAUUCAAAGGUUUUCAAUAGUAUGACAGUUAUAAGUUGAUUAAAACAAGUGGAAUAUUGAUCUGGUACUUGUUUAAAAAAUACACAAAACUGCACUGCAUUUAAUACUUUAAACAUUCUGCGACUGAUUAUUCAUAGCCGCUUCAUCGUUUUCUACCAUUUAUCUACUAGACAUAUAUGUACCUGUUUAUUUAAUGCAUUUUAAAAAGGUUAAAAUAUUGUGAGCAUUACGUCGGAACAUAAUCUCGAUUUAUGUUAUACCCUUUAUGUUUUUCAGAGCGUUGUACUAAUAUAAUAUUUUUUGUCAAUAAUAGAUCUACCGUUGUUUAUGUUAUAUGAAGUAUGGUAUACUUAUUUGUUUGCAGUUUUACUCCAUUUACCUUUAAAAUAUG